AAAUACCCACCAUCUCCGUCCCAAUUCACGACCUUCACUCACUCACUCAUCCAGUCUUUCUCUUUCUCUCUCUACCCAUCCUCCAUUUUCAUUUUCACAGUUUCUUUAGAUGCUCCCUUGUUCUACAGUCCUAUGUUUGCAGCUGGAUCAGAUUCUUAUUGAGUAAAGGAGCCAGAUCUAUCUAUUUUCUGAGUUGUGAUUAUUUUCUUCAGAUAACCAAAGGAAAUGGAUGUAUCUAAUGAGAACAAUCCUACAUUGUCUAACCCCAUAAACCCAAAAGAAUUUGGAGGAAGAAAAUUGGGAAUGGAGACUAGAUCGAAACUAAAUACUCGAAGAGCUUUGAGUUCGAUAAAUCAGAAUUUAGGAGGUUAUCCUCGUGUAGUCAACAAGAGAGCUUUUCCAGGAGAUGAAGCUUGCAAUGAGAUUCUGCAGAAUGGAUCUCACAGGCCAAACACAAGGAAAUACGCAUCGCAAAUUGACAAUGAAAUAAGCAAGAAACCAGAUGCAUCAUCAGAUCAAAGCUUCACUCAAUGGGAGGAUAUUCCACUCUCAGACAUCGACCAACCAAUGGCGGAUGAGAAAGACAACAUGGAGGUUGACAUGGAAGAUAUAUUCGAGGAAACUAUUCUUGACAUUGAUAGUGAGGAUGCUAAUAACCCACUUGCAGUAUCGGAUUAUGUCCAAGAUCUUUAUGCUAACUACAGAAAAAUGGAGAACACUAGCUGUGUGUCGCCUGAUUACAUGGCACAACAAUUUGACAUCAAUGAGAAGAUGAGAGCUAUACUAAUUGACUGGCUUAUUGAGGUUCACCACAAGUUUGAUCUGAGGGAGGAGACAUUGUUUCUGACAAUUAACCUUAUAGACAGAUAUUUAGCUCAAGAAUGUGUAGUGAGGAAGAAGCUGCAAUUAGUGGGUUUGGUUGCUUUGCUUUUGGCUUGUAAGUAUGAGGAAGUCUCUGUUCCUGUUGUGGAUGAUCUUAUUUUCAUCUCAGACAAAGCUUACACAAGACAAGAGAUCCUUGGAAUGGAGAAAUUGAUGCUGAAUGCAUUGCAGUUCAACAUGUCAGUCCCAACCCCUUAUGUUUUCAUGAGAAGGUUUCUCAAGGCUGCUGAAUCAGACAAGAAGCUGGAGAUAAUGUCAUUGUUCUUGAUUGAACUGUGUCUGGUGGAAUAUGAAAUGCUGAAGUUUCCUCCAUCAUUCUUGGCAUCAGCUGCAAUCUACACGGCUCAAUGCACCUUGAACAGUGGGGUUAAUAAUCAAUGGAACAAGACUUGUGAAUGGCACUCCAACUACUCAGAAGAUCAGCUCCUAGAAUGUUCAAAACUGAUAGUGGGUUUCCAUGAAAAGGCAGCAACAGGAAGGCUAACAGGGGUGCAUAGAAAGUAUUCUACUUCAAAAUAUGGAUAUGCAGCAAAACUAUCUAAACCAAACUUAUUAUGACUUCUUCUCAUAUGACAUGAUUGCUAAUUAACCCUGAACUCAGUCAGGGGAGAAGAGAGAAGAAUGAGAAUGGACAAGACAGACAGACAGACAGACUCCAGUUGUUUUAAUUACUACUUACUAAUAUGAUGAUGAUGAUGUUUUCAUUUGCUAUUAGCUUUGCUUGCAACAAUGGUUGGUUGGUUUAUUGUGUACACAACCGUUGGUUGUUUGUUGGCAUAGCCUAAUCUUCUUCAUUCUGUGAACAUAUGAUGAAUUGAUAAUGGCAAAUUUGUAUUUCAAUUCU